UUCUCACAUCUGACUUUUCUCCUUAAAAAAAAUGACCACGAGUGUUUUUGUGUUAAUUUGCAAUAUAAGACGGACGAUUUGGUCUCGAGGGUUAAGUAUCGAAUAAACAAUGGGUGUGGUAAUCAGAUGGCAAUUUGGUCUUCAAUAUUAGGUCAAUUAGUAAACAGUGGGUGUGGUAAUCAAUCAGAUAGCGAGUGUUGUGUUUUGGGUUUGUACGAGGCAGGCAGGAAUGUUAGGAACCCCUCUAAGUUUCCAACUAUCGUUCAAUCAGCUGCCCUUCUCGCUAUCUACCUAUUGGUGGGUUAACACAGCGUGCACUUCAACAACCCCCAAAUCUUCUGUAUAAUACCUCUGACAUGGAUGCUUCAAGGAACAAGGCACUGAAAGCCUUUACCAUCAUAUCACUCGUAGCAAGUAAUUUGUGUUAGCUUUUGUUAGGAGUGCACAAAAAAUGGCACCAGCAGCAGUAGCAGGAGCCCCUGCAGUACCCUCGGAGCGACCUGACGUGCUUCCAGUGGGGGAAGCGGAGACAGCAAAGUCACUGCAGUCGAUCUUUGUGCGUGACGAGGAUGAGAGACCCAAGGUGGCGUACAAUGUUUUCAGCAGUGACAUUCCGGUUAUCUCCCUGGAGGGAAUAGAGGGACCACAGAGAGAGCGCGUGAAGGAGGAAGUCACCAACGCGUGCAAGGAAUGGGGGAUUUUCCAGGUGGUGAACCAUGGUGUCCCAGAGGAGCUGGUGAACACCAUGACUCAAUUCUCCCGAGAAUUCUUCGCCCUUCCCGCAGAGGAGAAGCUCAAGUACGACAUGCGAGGAGGCAAGCGUGGAGGAUUCGUUGUGAGCAGUCACCUGCAGGGCGAGUCCGUUCUUGACUGGAGAGAAAUCUGCACUUACUUCGCCCAGCCCCUUCACCAACGUGACUACACCCGCUGGCCCGACAAGCCCGAGGGAUGGAGAGAGAUUGUGGACAAGUACAGCGAGGCGCUGAUGGGUUUAGCGAGCAAGCUGCUGCAGAUCGUCUCGGAGGCGCUGGGAUUGGAGCCCGAGGCGGUGACAAAAGCGUGCGUUGAGAUGGACCAGAAGGUGGUGAUAAACUACUACCCCAAAUGCCCACAACCUGAUAUGACCCUGGGAUUGAAGCGCCACACCGAUCCUGGCACCAUUACUCUGCUCCUCCAAGACCAGGUGGGCGGCCUCCAGGCUACCAAGGACGAUGGGCUCAACUGGAUCACUGUCGAGCCUGUCCAGGGAGCUUUCGUAGUCAAUCUUGGCGACCACAUGCAUUUUCUGAGCAAUGGGAAGUUCAAGACCGCGGACCAUCAGGCCGUGGUGAACUCCAACUAUAGUAGAUUGUCCAUUGCUACAUUUCAGAAUCCGUCCCAGGAGGCAAUUGUGUACCCGCUGAAGUUGGAGGAGGGAGAGCAGUCUUUCAUGGAAGAGCCCAUCACUUUUGCUCAGAUGUAUUCCCGCAAGAUGAGCCGUGACAUUGAACUUGCCCGCCAGAAGAAGCUCGCCAAGCUCGCGCCUGCCCCUGAACCUGCACCCUCCCCUGCCGUUGCAUCUCAAUAAAGUAAUUAAGCAUUGAUGCUCUGAAGAUAUCAUGCUGUCUCAAUAAAAAGCUAUUUAGUUUAUAUUAAGGUGCGGUAGACAAGAGCCUACAGAGGGUUUAGUCCAUACUUAUGCAUUAGAUUUCCCGUUUUGUGUCUGAAUUACUAGAUAUGGAGGAUGAAUUUGAUCAGUUUAUGGAGCCCAGGCAACAUUAGGUUAUUGACUAUGGAAUGAGAUUGGCCACCGUCAUGAAUGAAUAGUAUGCGAUUGAAAAGCUUUGUAAAUGGCCGAUGUUCAUUCUUAUUGAGAAUAAUGAGCUUGGUGGGAACUGUCAUUUAUGACAGGAGACAGAGCUUUGACUGGGCUUCCAUUUGGUGCCCUAGUCGUUCUGGGUUUAUUUCUGUAGAGAUUAAUGUUAAAUUUAUUUAUAUACUCAAAUUCAGAAGCACUCUUCUUAAUAUUA